AUGGCGUCUGGAUACGGCCUGAACGGAGGCCCGGGCCGGUGCUUUCCAUUCUGGCAGGAGCUGAUGUCUUGCUACGUGAUCAACACCAACGAAGACGACGACUCGGGGAAGAGGAAGUGUGUGCCGGCAAUGGAGGACUAUUACGAAUGCUUGCACCACCGAAAAGAGGCUGCGAGAGUCAAGAUGCUGCAGGCCGCAUACAGGCAGGCCGAGGCAAAGAAGCUGCAAGAGAACCCCCCAACCGCUGGCCAAAUACGGAAUCUCGGGUUGUUAGACAAGGACGAGGACACGAAGAAGGUGCUGGGGUCAGUCUAG